AACAAUAACAAUAACAAUAACAAUAACAAUAACAAUAACAAUAACAAUAACAAUAACAAUAACAAUCACAAUAUCAAUAACAAUAACAAUAACAAUAACAAUAACAAUAACAAUAACCAUAACAAUAUCAAUAACAAUAACAAUAACAAUAACAAUAACAAUAACAAUAACAAUAACAAAAACAAUAACAAUAACAAUAACAAUAAUAAUAACAAUAACAUUAACAAUAACAAUUAUAAUAAUACCAAUAUUAAUAAUAAUAAUAACAAGAAUAAUAAUGACAAAAAUAGAUAUACUAAUAAUAAUAGUAACAAGAAUAAUAAUAAUAAUAAUAAUAAUAAUAAUAAUAAUAACAAGAUUAAUAAUAAUAGCAAUAUUAAUAGUAGUGACGGGAAUAAUAAUAUCAAAAAUAAUAAUAAUAAUAAUAAUAAUAAUAAUAAUAAGAACAAGAAUAAU